UGGACGUUCUUUUUGCACACGCUUUUAAAAGAAUAAUCACAAUACAGUUAGCCUUCUUUAGAAUCUUUUGGUUUUCAGUCGUACUUUAUCAAAAUAUUGAGACAUUUCCAUGGAUUCUUUAUAUACUAUUGUCCAACAAAUUGAUGAGAACUCCACUACAGCCGUUUACCGGGCAGUGCACAAAGAAAACCAAGAAAAUGUUAUUCUCAAAGUUUUCAACAAGUCCAGUAUGACACCUGAAUUACUAACUUUUCAUCAAGAUGGCAGUAGAGAUAUUGAUUUCUAUGUUCCAAAUGAAUUUGUAUUUCUCGAAAGGCUUCAACAUAUUAAGAAUUGUGUUCGAAUGUUAGACUUUAUUAAUGAUGAAGAGAAUGACAGGUGGAUUAUUGUACUUGAAGAUCUUGAAGCGCAUGGUUAUGUGAAUCUUGCACAUGAACUUGGCCGCUGUAAUACGUCGCUAGAUGAAAAAACUGUCGCAUGGAUUCUGAGAGAACUAAUCCUAACAGUUAUCGAAAUUCAUGGCUGUAAUAUUGUCCACUGUGAUAUAAAGCCGGAUAAUAUAUUCUUUGACCGAAUUAAUUACCGUCUUAAACUGAUUGACUUUAAUCUUGCUUCAGAAAUCCGACCAGGAAACAAAAUCCUUGGUCCUCCUGGAUGCACUCCAGACUAUGCUCCACCUGAAGUUUUAAUUAAAAGACAACCAUGGACUCCUGCCUCUGAGGUGUGGUCUAUUGGUUGUACUGCUUUCGUUCUUUUGUGCCGACGGUUUCCUUUCGAAAACCCAUGGAUGUGCGAUUCUUCUGUGCCGAAUUAUCCUCAGUCUACCAAUAGAUCAGAAUAUGAUUUCCAUCCACGUGAAGACACCAAAAGACUUUAUCAUUCGUUAAAUCCAUUGAAAGUGUUUAAAGGUAGGAGAAUCAUGCAAAUGGAAAACAACAAGCCUGUUCUAUCACCUAAAGCGAAAGACUUUCUGCUUGUAUGCAUAUGUCGGUGUCCUAAACGACGAGCUUCAACAGAAUCAUUGUUGAAACAUCCAUUUUUAGCUCGAAUCAAUCAUAUAUACGGCAAACAAACUAGUCAUUUAUCUUCCAAUUCCUCAGUGACGAUAAUGGUUUCAUGACUAAACUUCACUUCUCUGAUCUCAUUUCAAUCAAGCAUGUUGUCAUUCAUUGGUGUAUAAUGUCCAGUUUAUAUGACUCCCAUGUCCACCAUAUUAUUGACAAUAGGAAGAAAUACUUUUCAUUAGAUUAACCUAAUCAUAUUUAUGUCGUGAUCUUCAUAUUGUAGCUGUUAUAGCAUGAAUUCCCGGUAGUAAAGAAAAACUUAUGCAACAUUAUUUUUUCACUGUCUCACUACUAUUUGUGUUUCAUCCUUUAAACUAGUACUGUUUUAUACAAAUAUACAAUUCUAUGUCCUUGGUGA